AUAACAAAUAAAUUUUAAAAACGGUAAAGACGGAUUUUUUAGUCAUGCCCGGUGUAAUUUUUAUUGUAAACGUCCCACAAAAACAACACCAGGAAGAUAUGAAGGAAAAAUACAUGAAAACGGAUGCUUUGGAAAAAGAAAAAUAUGAAAACACAUUUCAAAUUGUGAACGAACUGAAAGAAAAAAAGUUUGGUACGAAAAAAGAUGACCGUUAUAUGGAAAAUAAUACUAUUACUAUUUUGAAAAGCAAAUCAAUAGAUUAUUUGAACAAAGAAGAUGCAACAUCUAAUUUAUUUAAGUCACAUAGUGAAAAGACUUUAAAUUCAGAGGACUUGUCGUCAGACAGCAGUGGAAGUUUGAAAACAUCAUGGCGGGAGAUAAAACAAAUUAUAAAACCUAAAAAGAAUAAGUUUCGAAUAUCUACGCCCGUUCGUGGUGUUGAUAUUUUAAACGCUUUUCAUUGGGACACGCCGCUGGAAAAAAUUCUGUCCGAAGUAGUACUACGCUUGGGUGUAGAAAAUGCUUCGUGGUCAAGAACUAAUGACAACAAAUACUGGCAGGUUAUAUUUUCUGUGGAAUCAGGAAACUCGUGUGAAGAGCUGCUUCAAGUUUUGCGAACAUUGGGCAUCGGCUCUCGCUACCAAUCUUCUAUUAGUGUGGUCCCCAGCGCUUUGUAUUACAAAUCCACUAACAGCUUAGAAUACCAGCGACAACAACUUGGCUUUGAAAAUGAAUCCAACACUGCGUGGUCUCGGUUCUCAUCAUCGGUGCGUGCUCGGAACAACCUCGCCCAGGUCCUGCAUGACGUCAGACGGGGUGCGGCAUUGACGUUCGAUUGGCUGUUCCUUCUUGUGGUCGCAGCUUUUGUUGCAGCUUUCGGUCUCGUCGAAAACUCAACUGUUAUCCUAGUAGCUAGCAUGCUUAUUUCACCAUUGAUGGGUCCAAUAACAGCAGCCACUCUGGGCACGGCCGUCCGCGACCCGUCUCUACAGCUGAUGGGUAUAAUGCACGAGCUCUUAGGUUUGUUUCUGUCUUUGGUGAUCGGUUUCAUCUUUGGUCUGACGAUCUGUGCUCUGGACGAGUGGUAUGGAAUGGUCGACGACUGGCCAACAUAUGAAAUGAUAACCAGAUGUGAGCUGCAUUCUUUAUGGGUAGGAAUAGCAAUAGCAAUACCGAGCGGUGCUGGAGUAGCAUUAGCUGUACUAGGAGAAUACACGGCGUCUCUUGUCGGAGUCGCUAUUUCAGCUUCUUUACUGCCACCGGCGGUUAACGCUGGACUCCUCUGGGCCAUGUCAUUAGUUCGUUUGAUCGUCCCAGUACAAGAAUCUCGAUGGGCUGUAACAAGACCCCUUGAGUUGGUUAAACUCGGAACGGCGUCUCUUUGUCUCACAUUAGUAAACAUCGCGUGUAUAUUUGUAGCCGGAGUGGCAGUCUACAAGGUUAAAAAAGUAUGUUCCCUCAGCGAAAGGGACAUUUCAUGGUGGGUGGGCAAUAAAAAUCGAUUGAACGAUUGUGAUCAAGACAUAAAAGAAAAUAGCAAGAUAUUCGAUGAAGUAUACAGCAAGUGGUGCAAUGAGGCUGACAAGAUAAAUCGAAAAGAGGAGGGGGUCCUGCCAUCUGUCAUUCACAGUGACACCGUCACGUACCGCCGAAACCAAGGAAUCGACCGACAGAAAGCCCAGAAUAUUGAAACUGUCUACUCGGAAAUGCACAAUGAAACUUAUACGCCGCUCGAUGACAAUAAGGAGAACAUUAUAAAUAACAAACUGAAUAACACUCCUAAGAUUGACAAUCAUAGCGAUCAUGGGACUGAUAAGAAAGGUAGUUUUUACAGUCCAGAGAAAGAAUUUCAAAAAGAAGAAACUGAAAAGAACAAUUACCCUAUAUUAGAACCAUCGCUUAGUUAUACUGUAGAUUCUCGAAAUCCUGUCAUUAUGUUAGAGUCUAGAUCUUUCCAUGUUUAAUUUAUUUGUGAAUUCGCUUUAGGAGCUACUAAGUUUAUUCGUGAUAAAAUACAUUUGUUUACUUAACAGU